AUGUGCGUUGGUGUUCAAAAUUUAGAAUCUGAGUGUGGUAACCCGCAAAAACAUACACUUGACUCAACACACUCUCAACUAAACAAUAACUGUCUCACUAGAAUAGACCUAUCAGUAGUUGAGUCUUACUUAUCAUCAACUCUAUCAAACCCUGUUGCUGUUGAAGAUAAUAAAUUACAGGCAGAGUUGACACCUUUGGAAAAGUUGCUUGUUGAUCAAAUGAUUGCUAUGAGAGAUAUCAACAAAAUUCUCAAGAGUGGACUAACCCUUCAAGAAAAACAAAAAGAAAUUCAAAAAAUUCAAAGUAUUGUUCCAAUCAAUAAUGGUGGAGGUGGAUUUGCAUCUGGUUUAAUUACUGGUGAGAAUUUAGGUGGUGGUUUUUUGUCUGGAUUGAUUUCUGGUUUACUAGCUGGAUUUAUUAGUUCUGGAGGUGGUUUUAUGGCUAAUCCAAAUUGGACUGGUGCUUACUCUGGAACCAAUGGAUACUUGGGACCAUCGACUGGUUCAGUAGGAGGUCAAUAUGCAAGCGGUGAUCCUUCUGGUUACUACUCGGGUCAAAAUUCAAACGCAGGAUACCAAAAUGGAGUCUCCAAUGCAUAUUUUGGAGGAGGACAAGGUGUUCCAGGUGUAGUUAUUGCAUAA